UGCAUCUAAACAUUGUACAUAACUGACUGGAGUCUUUGAUUCUAGCCUACGGGUCUAGAUAACUACUCAGCGUCUCAGUCUCGUCAAACUCGAGGUCUCGUUGCCGCAGCGACCGCCACCAUUUCCAACGAUCGACUGCGCGAAAAGGAGAACAUGGCAGAUUUCAUUGCCAAGAAGCGCGAGAUGUUUCUCGUGCAGAUGUCGCUGGACACAAAGCGAGAAGAGAUCCGUAAACUUGAAGAGAAGGCUCAACUUAAAGAAGAAGCGUUGAAGAAGAGUGAGCUGAUGCUUGAAGAAGACGCCGUACGUUUCGAUACCUUCUUAAAGGAGAACGACAAGAAAGCUCAUGAAGCUAUCAAGCGAGCCGAGAAGGAGACCAAGGCCAAAGCCGAUAAAGUGCAGGAGAUCAAGAAACUCAACCAGCAGAUCCAACUCGUACAGAGCGACAUGUCCAAGCUGAGCGAGCAGCUUCAAGACUGUCUACAGUACAAAGCGUUCUUAGAUGAACUCACUCCUCAAGAGUACGGGAUCGAACAGCAAGACAAGAAACGAGCUCGACAAAUGGCUCGCCUGCAGAAGCGCAAAGACAAGAUUUUACGCGAGUGGGAACUGCAGAAGGCCAAAGUUCUAGCUGAGAUCGAAGAGCGCGAGCGAGCCGAAAAAGAGCGUCCGGACUCCAAGAACGGCAAGAAAAAAGUGGACAAAGCCGUCAAAGUCAAGGAGUUGACGAUCCCACCGAUGCCCAAUCUGGACAACAUGCCGCUCACUAGCAGCGGAGAGGAGAUCCCCAUGUACUUCCAGAACCCGCAGCAAUUACUAGACAUCUUCACUGCGUUAGAAGAGAGCAAUCUCUUCUUGAUUCAGAACAGUCAGGAGACCGAACAAACACUCGAAGAACUUAAGCAAAACUACCGCGAGACCAAGAAAACUAUGGACCGUAAGACGCAGGCGCUUAAGUCAAAUGUCGACGGGUUACAGCAACAGAUCAGUAUCGAGGAGAGCAAAGCCAGUCAAUUACGCCUGAGGUCUCAAGGAGGGACGGGUGAGAACGCACAGGAACGAAUGCUGAAGGAACUACAGGAUCGAGUACUGGAAGUCUACAAACGUUGUGGCUUUGAGGCUGAGACCAACUCAUCGACGCUCUACAUGCUCACAGAUCUGGAAGCUCGUCUGGAAGAUCUAUUGAGUGCAAUUGAGCAGAUGCCGGAGGAUUAUGUGGCUAAAGCUGAGAAGGAGAAGGAAAAGGAACGCAGAGAACGAGUCCGACAAGAACGAAUCGCGCAGCAGCAGAAAAUGUAUGAGGAACGGAUGAAGAAAUCCAUGGAGAGAAGUAUGCAGGCACCCAAGAAGCGUAAGGGAAGACAAGUCAUGUGGCGAUCGCAGCCUGCUCGACACAUCAAGCAUGCCGAAGACGACAAUAAAGUGGACCAAGGGGACGAGGCUGACCACCACCAUUUUAUCUGGUAGAAUGGGAGAUUUUACAAAACUUAAUAAAUUUCACUUAUUUUCUCG